UAUAUACAGUGUUUGCUUUGCGAAAACCGCAACUUUGGUUGGAGAUAGUUCUCUGUAGAACGAAACCAUGAAUAUCAUGAAGAAAUGCGGGUUCUGCCAGCAGCCAGCGGAACUAAUGUGUAGCCGCUGUCUGGAAGUGUAUUGUUCCGUAGAGUGUCAAAUCCGUGAUUGGGCUGACCACAAAAAAGUGUGCAUUAUGAUUCCAAAAUUGUAUCCGAAUGAUAGUUAUUUGGAAGUUCUAGCCGGUGGCGUAGCACUACCUCUGAGGAGUUCAACAGUCAUUGAGCAAGCCACAUCACGUAUGUUGGCGAUUGGCGGACGCUCAUUAAAACCAUUGCGAAAGCCCAACAUUCCUCUCGGUACAGUAGAAGUUUCUGUCAACCGCGAAGCAACAUCAACAUUGACCGGUAUUGAAAAGGGUACCAUACACAUGAAAGAACCGACUCAUAAUAUUACCGUCAUCGCUCCAACGUUCGACUGCGAAAAGCGGGUCUCGGCCAUGAAAAUAGAGGAAGUUUACCAGGAAGAAGCGAAUAUUACUAAAUCGAAUUCGAAACCAGACCUACCGGUAUCUCCCCAAUCACAAUCGGAGCGUCCUCAAUCUUUGGCUAAAUUAAAAUUAGAGGUUUUAAAAAACCAUCAAAUGAUGACAAAGACAAACGAAAAGUUGUCAUUAAAUUCGAAUCAGUCAAAGGAUGUAUGUUCUGGACCUAUCGUCGCAGCAAAUAUGCCGAAAUAUUGGUUGGAACCUUUUCCUUUGGAAAAACAAGACGGAGAGCUGUUUGAAGUCAUUGUUCAAUGCCUUGUGAAUGGCAAUUCGAAGAGGCUUUGGGUAAUCCUUGCAUCUCAUGAAGCCGUAUGCGAAAAACUUCUGCGAGACAUCCAAAGUCAACUGGUUCGAAAUGGAGAACCAAUCAAAUACGAACAAAUUGAGGUGAACGAUAUAUUUGCCGCCCCUUACGAAUGCGACUAUUACUACAGAGUGAUUGUUUUAGAGAAGGUCAAUUCUGCGAAAAGUUUGGUAAAAGUUCGUCUUAUUGAUUAUGGAGACGAGAUAAUUUUACCCACGUCAGAGCUUCGAGCUCCAUUACUUUUGAUGAAAAAUCUGCGCGCAUUCGCAUUUCAAAUUGAAAUUGUCAAUUUGAAUCGCCCUUUGGAAUUAUGUGAACGCAUUCAUGUUAAAGUAAUCCGCUCCGAACAGGAAUGUAAAUUUGUGGAAAUGGAGCAAACUCCCAUUGAGAACCAUUUGCUUGAUAUGCUGGGAAAUGGAGAGGAUAAAUGUGGUAGCGGUGGAAUCGUUUCUGUCCUAUCGUCUAAAAAAGCUCUGGUUAUGUUGUCAUCGGUGGUAGUAAAACCAAUCAUGAAGAUUCUCUUUACCCAACUGGUUGAAGUAGCACCCAAUUUUCCAGUUGAAAAUGAUCCUAAGGUUUCAGAAUUGUUUUGCAUUAAUUCCUCCGGCGCUGGCUGGUCCAGGGGAUUGAUCUUAGAUCAGCAUGAAAAAAAUUAUUUGGUAUACACUGUUGACAAUGGAACCAUCGACUUGGUACUUAAAGAUCAGCAAAUUCGUACACUGUCGGAUGAAUACAAACAAAAACCCCGUCUGGUGGUUCAAAUGGAAAUAAUAAGAGUGAUCAUGAACGAGGUGGAGUUCAAACGAUUGUGUUAUUUUCCUAGUUUUGCAUUCGGUUUCGAACGUGUUAGUUACGAUCAGCAGAAACGCUCGAUGAAAGCUUUACUGAAAGACGCCGAAGGAAAGCGACCCCUCGCCGAAGUAGAAUUUACCGAAUUCGUGUGCGAUUUAAAGAAAGUUGGCAUCAACUAUUGGCCCCACAUUCCGCAGGAUAAAUGCGUUGUGAGGAUUGCUUCUGUGCUGGACAUCAGUUCAGUAAUAAUUUGUCCUCAUGAUAAAAUUAAUAUUUAUACUGAUUUACUUCAAACGAUGUUAACGGGAUUGAAACCGCUUACUUCCGCUCCUGUGGUUAAUGAAGUUAUCAUAGGGGUCGAUGACAUCAUGAUGCCUUAUCGGGCUCGUGUGAUGAAGAGCUUGCCAUCGUCCGAGGUAGAAUUGUUGGACCUCGACAACGGUAGCAUAAAGCAGAUACCAUUCGGGAAGCUGUACGCAGCUAAUAGCUUCAUCAGUAAUCUUCCAGUAUUCACGAUAAAAGUUCAAAUUCGCGAUAUGAAUGAGGCGAACGUAAGAGACAGAGCUAUCGUGCUCGAUCAACUGGAUGCUUAUAAAUUGGAUAAACGGAACUUCCGUUUGAUGUUCGAGGGUGGCUCAUAUAUGUACGGCGUCAAACUGAUCGACGUGAAUACAAACCGCUCGUUAGCCACAAUGUUGAUGGAACAUCACGAUAAAACCCUACACAAAAUAGAUGAAGAGGCACAGAAAGAACGUGCUGAAAUUCAAGCAUUUCAACAACGAAUUGCACUAUUGGAAAAAUCAGUGCAGAUUGCUUCUGAGACUGUAGAACAAAUACAAAAUAUUUGCCAAGCAUCUGAACCAACACCAAACAAUUGCGAAGAAGCGCAAGGGAAGCAAAUGGAUAUCGUUAAGACAAAUAUUGCAACUAAAAUAACGAUUAAUGAUUUGAAACUGAUAGAACUACCUGCUGGUAGAAGCGACGUUAAGCUUACUAUUUUAGAUGACGGAGAUUUGAAGCGGGGUCUUUUAACGGUUUGCGAGAUGAACGAAGGGAAUAUUAAUCGGUAUUCAACUUUGACUGAGGAAGUUAAUAAGCACGCUUCUCUUAUAGGAGGAGAUGGAUACUGUCCAGAAAUCGACGAAAUGUGCGUUGCAGUCUUCGACGCAGAUAAGCUCUGGUAUCGAGCAGUAUGUAUUAUGAAAUUGCCGGACGCUAGUUCUGUCGUACAGUUUAUCGAUUUUGGGAAUGUGUCCUCAGUGAAGCGUGAGUCUAUUCGAAGUUUGCCGAAAGCGCUUAGUUUUCCGUACGUUGCACACACUUGCACCGUUAAAGAUUUCACCAAUGUACUGGAUAAACUAGCCAACCAACAGUUAGAGCUAGGUUAUGUGAUUCCCCGAGAAAUUCUAUCGAAAGGAGAGGCGUAUUCAUUGAUCUUUUAGAUACUUAUGACAAGAAAGACGUUACAUAUUUUGUUAUACUCUUGACCGAGAGUUGUUCCUUUGGAUAAGGAAAACCGUCUCGUUUUGUUUUGUUAUAAACUCUAUUUCAUACUUUUUUUCUAAAAUGUCGAUGUGUUCUUGCGCGAUUCAAUUAAUGAAUUGAAAUAAAGUGACAUUGAAUAC